ACUCCUGGAGCGCAGCGCCGCAUUGCUCGGGGAGCGAGGCUGCAAACGCAACGGAGCAGCUUUAUUCCUCGUCCCGGGCCCGCAGCGCACCCGGGGGCAGCGUAAGCAAGGCGUGUGCGAGCACCCAGGCCCGCAGCAAAGGAGCACCAAAACUGAGCACCAAACCGGGGGCUGCAUAAGGGGGCUACACAAGCAAAUCGCAGCAGCAGAGCAAAUAAGGACACAAAGUAGAAACCAUGGAGCAAGUAGGACAAGUAGGAGAGGAGCUCGCCCAGGCCACGGAGCAAACGAGGGAGGUCUUAGAUGCGGAGGCGCAGCGCCUCAAGGAAGGCCUGGAUAACGAAGCGCAGCGUAUCAGUAGAAACGUCAAAAAGGUCGCGAAAAAGUUCCCGAAGACAUUGGGUGCCGGCGCCAUCGUCGCGGCGGUGGUUGAUGAAAACGUGCUGACGGGCGGGCACGGGGCCUGGGACAUUCAUAGGAACGAGGACGACGAGACGGACGACGACGAGGUCUACAUCGACGUCCAGGCGAACCAGUCGCUGGAGGACCAGAUGAAGCUGGGGAACGAGUGGCGCGUGCCGCCGGCCGGCGGUGCGGUACGGGUCGUGGCGGAUGCUACGGGUUUCGCCUAUUCUAUUGAUCUCCACUUACGAGUGAGAGUCAGGAAGCUUUUUGAUCUGGACACGCAACGUUUAAAGUUCAACGCUCAACUGACCAUAACCGUCGAAUGGCUGGUGGACGAAAAAGGCUACGCGUCGUACGAAAACUUCUGGAAGGACUACAAGCCCCAACUCAUGUUGCCUACUUGUAGGGCAUCUAGAGGCGAUGUAUUAAGAAAUGCCCAAGUGCAUAGGACGGCAAGGCAGUACGCCGGUCGCAUGGGCCCGACGCGGCGGGCCCACCACUUCAGCUGCGAGAUCACGGACAUUUUUGAGUUCAUGCAGCCCUUUGACAUGCGGAAUUUCCCCUUCGACACGCAAGGUUUAGAACUACGCUUCGAAAGUCCACCGGUGGAAAUGUCGAACUACAACCCUUGCACCUUCGGGGCGCGCUUGCGGCCGCCGCUGCACGAGCCGCACACGGUCGAUGCGGAGGCCGAUUUACUGCCCUCCAAUGAUAUUAAAUUGCUUUAUGGGGUGGCGGGCGGCUUCGAGGUCCUCAACAGGUUAGAUGGUCGUUUUCCGGAUGAUGAUGCUUCUGUGCUCAUUAUUGUAGAAAGGGACGCUACUGGUGUCUUCUACAACGUUUUGUUGCCUACUUAUUUAUUGCAAUUAUUCUCGUUGUCCGUAAAUUGGAUCGACCCCUGCAACAUCCAUUUCAGAUUAACAGCUAUUUUGACGAUGCUGCUGACGGUCGCAGCCAAACAAGCUUAUAUUGGGGGGUUGCUGCCUCGGGUUGGUUUCUUAACACCCCCGGAAAAGACGGUCAACGUGACGGUCUUCAUGUUCUUCGUCCAGGUCUGGUUGCGGGUGUUAGCGUCCCAGCAGUGCUACCGCAGAAUGGACUGGGGUCUCGUGAAAACUUGGGACUACGGUAAAAAGCAGUACGCGGUACCAGGGGACAAACGCCGCUGGAGAGCGACGGUAUACGACCGCGCGUCGGACGUGUGGACGGUCCUCACGCUCCUGGGUUGCCUCUGGCACAUGGGGAGUUGUCUGCGGGACCGCUGGCGCAUCCGCGACAGGCUCAUGAAGGCGGCCGCGAACCGGGACGACGCCUACUUCCGCUCCUUCCACAAGAACAUGCGCGAUUUUGAUAGCCUCGAGAAGAGCGAAGUGCUGACGGAGUCGAGGGCGGCGCGCGCGGUGGAUGAUGGCGACGACACGCACGACACGUGUCUGGUGGUCGUCUUCGACGUGGGCACGGGCGAGGCCAAGGCCCUGGAGUACUCCUUUGUCGAUGGUGGUGUUGCUUUAAGGGAGGUCGACCGGCGAAAGGAAAGCCUCAAGGAGGCCCUGCAGGAGGGCGGGACUCGGUUAGAUGCCUUCGAGAAAUGGUUCGACUCGGCGGUGUCGCAUACGUGUGAAUUAACUGGAGACUGGGCGUCAUUAGGAAUAACGUGGGACGGGCCGUUGGUGACGGAGGUAGUAAAAGGAUCAAAGGGCGAACAGGCGGGUAUUUGUAAGGGCUUCGUGCUCGCCGAGGGCGGCGGCAUCGUUUCCUCAGAGCAGCCCGCCGGCGAUUGUAGUAGAGAGCGCGUCAACCUCGAAUGCGAGGCGCCGUCGACCGGCGGCAAGUUCCGCUUUUUGAAAGUACACGAGGAGGUCGUCGACGGCCGAGCGAGGCGAGCAGCGCUCGGACCUGUGGUCGUCGUGGCCACGGGCGCCUGGUUUCGGACUGCGACUGGUGCUGCUUUAGAACGGGCCGAGAAAUUUCUCAAGGCGAUCCACGCGAAGAAUCCGUUGUGGCGGUUCCAGCGCGUGUCCGAUCUCGAUGAAUGUUUUUACGAGUGCGUCGCCGUGCGCUACGCGGCGGCGUUGCACCCGCAAAUUCGCAAUGAACCAGGGGGGAUCGUCGGCGUGGGCCAGGGUUCGACACAAUUAUCAUUGUGUAUGAAUGAUAAAGACGACAGUGGCAUGCUGGCGCCCUUUGGUUUACCAUUAGGGAACCUGGAGGGGCGGCGCACGAUCGACCAGGAGGGCCGGACCUUCGCCGAGGGCCUCGGCGAGUGGGAGAAGAAGUGUAAACGGCGGCUGGGGCGGUGGGCGCGGGAUAUCGGGCUCGAGAGCAAGAAGGGUACUGCGACGGCGACGAUAGUGGAGGGUCGGCCUGUGGUGUGUAUUAGUGGAUGCUGGUACGCGGCCGCGGCCGCCCUUGUCGAUCCGGAGGAGUCGCCGUCAAAAAGGAUGCGCGUCGAUGAGAUCGUGAGGGAAUUGACGGCGAAACGAGCCGCGAUCCUGGCGGAGAUCGGUGCAUUACCCGCCGACGACUCGGAAGCGAUGAAAAGGAAAGUGAUAAACCUGAGCAACUACACGCUCGUCAGCCAGGUCCUGGGCCUGCUCCUCCCGAGGGAGGCAGAAGUCGUCUUCGCGCGCGACUGGCAAUUAAAUGGCUCGACGUUCCGGACGACGUGGUCGGCGGGCUGGUUCCUCGAGCACCUGUAUGGGCGGUGCGUCAACGUCGGCGUCGACGCGCUGAAGCGGGCCGUCGUGCCCUACGCCGCGCGCGAGGCGAAGAAGCGGCGGGAGACGGGCCACGCCGUCAAGGUGGCGAAGGGGAUGCGCAAGCUCCGAUCUGUCCGGAAAGUGGCCUCCACACGAUAA